GGUGGGUGUAAGGCAGAAUACGUAGAGGGCUGUAAUAUUUCUAGGGUGGAAAUCGGAAGUGGAGAGGAUAUAAGAGGGUGAGACCACUUUGAUGAGUCUUGGUAUCAUCACAUUCAUCUACCGCAAGUGGAAGAAAAUCAGCUAUUGCAUACUGCUCUUUAUCCUUUCUUAGAUUUGUCUACCAAGACCAUGGCAACUCCAACUUCCACCUCGACCUCUACAUCAGAACCAACAUGUGUAACAAUAACACCCGGCAAAUACGGCUACGUCCCUCCUGAAGCAUGCAAUUCGCAAUGGAACUACAGCCCCUCCUUCGCCAGCGCAGUAGCCCUCGCCGUCCUCUUCGGCAUUCUCACCCUCUCGCACAUCGUCCUCGCAUUUCUCCACCGCAAGCCCUUCUGCUGGGUGAUAAUCAUGGGCGCAACAUGGGAACUAACCGCCUUCAUCCUCCGCUCUCUCGGCUCGCACAACCAGCAAAACGGCGCGUACGCCGUCGCAUCGCAAAUCCUCUUCCUCCUCGCGCCGCUCUGGAUCAACGCUUUCGUCUACAUGACCGCUGGCCGAAUGGUGUACACGCUGCAUCCCGACCGAAAGGUCUGGGGCUUGAAGGCAGUCAGCAUGGGCAAAUGGUUCGUCUGGCUCGACGUGAUCUGCUUCAUCAUCCAGGCUGCAGGAGGCAUGAUGUUGAAUCCUGGGUCCGACGCAAAUCUCAUGAAUAUCGGGACGAAGAUCUACAUGAGCGGUACGGGCGCGCAGCAGUUCUUCAUACUGCUGUUUCUCGUGCUGAUUGUGCGGUUCCACUUUGACAUUUUGAAAGUUCAGCGCCAGGGACUGUUGGACGAUCGAGCGAAGAAGAGUGGCAGGUGGUGGCUGUUUUUGACAUAUACGCUCUACGCUGUUUUGGCGCUCAUUACUAUGCGCAUCAUCUUCCGUCUCGCCGAGUUCUCGAGUGGGAUUGACAAAGCUGCUAACUCGCUGCCAUUCGAGGAAAGCUAUGCGCUUGGUUUGGAUGCGUUUCCCAUGUUGUUGGCUAUCCUGCUGCUUGCGGUUGUGCACCCGGGGAUGAUUUUGAAGGGCCCGGAGAGCGAGUUUCCUUCGAGGAAGGUGAAGAAGGCGGAGAAAAAGGCUAGGAAGGAAGAGAAGAAGAGCUUGAAGGAUGCGAAGAAAGAGGGACUAGUGGAUUGUGCGUAG